AUGGAACUUGAAAUCCCCGAAUCCCUCAAAAAAGACAGAGACGUCCACCCAUAUUUGGCUAGAGCUCGAGAAUUACACACAGCACAGCCUGUCGUCAGCUACUUUUGCAAGAUUUAUGUUCUCGAACACAUUCUUUCCAAACAACUCCAUGUCGGAAAUCCAGAAGUCGAGGCUUUCACUGUGGCACUUUUGGACGACACCGAAGCUAUCAAGAAUAGCCACGAGGACGAGAAUGUCCGUGCUGUCCUUGAAAGCAGACAGUUGUCUGUGAAUGUUGUUUUCGCCUUUGCCUUCCGCCUUUUCCAUAGUUGUCUCGAAGAAAUCUCUCAUUAUGAGGCGUCUCGCAAAAUCCUGUUGGCCUCAAAGCUCCGUGCUGCCAUCAAUUUUUUUAAUGUGCUCCAGGUCUUCACAGGCGACCAGGACACAGAAAUAGACUUCGAGAAAACUACUGGAGGAAAGUGCACUUCUAAAGAAGAGUUCAUAGCCUUUGUGCGGGAUAAACUCAAAACGCUUAAAUACCAAUUGAGCCGGCUUAUCAAAGAUGAGAUUCCAGUGGUGGGUGAAGAAGAGGAAUUGCGCCAAUUAGAGUUAGAUGCCCAAGAUGAAGAGAACGAGAAUGAGCAAGAGUCAAAGUCGCCACAAACAUCUGCACCAGAUGUUCCAGAAGACAGUGCACUGUUGAGCUUACCCGGUGUUCCUAGGUUUGAUCCAUCAGAGGAGGACGAUGAUUUAAAACUUCCAGGAGCACCACACUUUUUGCCUGAUGACGAUGUUAGCCAUAUCAACAAGCAAUCGGCAAUCCACAUGAUCCCACCUCAAGACCUGAAGGAGAGCGGGAGUGACAGACCAAAGUCAAUACCAGCGAAAAGCUCUGAGAGUAUCUCGAAGACAGCAAAAUCUUCAAAAGUUGCGACAAAGCUCACCAAAGAAGAUAUCACCUCCAUUAUUGACAGCACCGAACACAUUAGUCAGAUCCAGAAACAUGCGAAGUUUGCCAUUUCAGCGUUAAAUUAUGAGGAUCUCGACACAGCCGAAGAAGAGUUGAAAAAGGGACUCGAGCUUUUGGCACUUGUACGGCAGUCUACUUAA